GGUUUAAACUGGGACUUAGUUAUCGGUACCAUUUCUAUUACCGAUAGACGUAUUUGCAAAUUUAUCGCUCUGAUUGACAAAUUUCUUCUAUCCGCACCUUAUGUUGCGGCUCGGGAUUGUGCCGUUAUCGCAGGUCAUGUUAUGUCCAUGUCGCCAGUUUUGGGUAACCUGACUCGUCUCAAAACCCGUUUCCUUUACAAGGUCAUAGAAUCCCGCCGUAGUUGGGAUUCCCGUUUUAAUAUCGGGCUUCAUAAUGAUUGCCUCUCUGAAAUAUUUUUCUGGAAAAACAAUAUCGUUAGUCUUAAUACGAGACCUAUUUUGCCUUAUAAUGCUCCCCUUUUGUUUAGCUAUUCGGACGCUAGCAACGUCGCCUGCGGGGCUUUUGUUGUGGGCUCUAAUGAGGUGUCCCAUCGUAUGUGGACUGCUUGCGAAGCAGCUAAGAGCCCUACCUGGAGAGAACUUAAGGCUAUACAAUUCGCCUUAAGUGCGUUCAAAGCCUCGGUUCGGGGUAAGUGUGUAAAGUGGCAUUCUGACAGCCAAGGGGCCGUUCGUGUUGUGGAGAUAGGGAGUCCUAGUGCAGAAUUGCAUUCUAUUGCGCUUGAUAUUUUCUAUUUUUGUCGAACUUACAAUAUUACACUUAUUCCCCAGUGGGUUCCCAGGGAACUUAAUGCUUGUGCUGAUGCGAUUAGCCACAUUGUAGACUUCGAUGACUGGUAUACAACCCCCGAGUUCUUCGCACACUUGGACCGCCUUUGGGGCCCACAUACAGUCGACAGGUUUGCGAAUGCUGCCAACGCCCAUCUUCCCAGAUUCAAUUCUAGGUUUCGCGUACCCGGCACUGAAGCUGUUGACGUAUUUUCAAUCUCGUGGAAUGGAGAGAAAAAUUGGCUAGUCCCUCCCGUCCACUGCAUUACUAGGGCGGUUCAGCAUUUCCUUGUAUGCGGUGCGGUUGGUACUUUAGUCGUCCCUUAUUGGCCGUCUAAUGUGUUUUGGCCUUUCUUGUUCGCAAAUGCAAUUCAAUUUCAACCGUACAUCCUUGAGUACAUUCAUUUUCCCGAUCCCUCAGGGAUUUUUGCCCUCGAGUGUUACAAAGAUUCACUCAUUGGUUCAGACAGGUUUAACAGCGCGGUGCUGGCAGUCAGAAUUGGCGCUAAGGGGCCUUAGUUUUUUCAAGCCGAGUGGCUUUAUGUUGGCCCACGUGUUUUUUUUUUAUUCCGCUCGUCGGUUCAUUUGUCCUCGUUUCGCAUGAAACUAGCUCGCCGAGUGGCUUGUUUACCGUGGUUUUUGAGUUGGCCCAUUCGGCCUUAAAUAGUUUUGCAUCCGGUCAGAGGCAUUACCAAGCGUCCGUUUUUUAUUGCUGUAUUGACUCCCAGUGCGUGUAUUGAGGAAUUUUGCCAUAUAUUUUUGUUCUUAUCCUCGUAGAAGUUCUCAAAGAUGCCUUGCAGCCUAAUUUUCAACAGGUUGAAGACGGGCGACUCCGGGCACUGGUUCAAGAUCUCCCCGCAGUUCUUCUUAAAUCCAAAGCCGACAGUACCGCGAGGAAGUACGAAAAGGGCUUCAAUACGUGGAGAAAAUGGGCUUCUCAGUUUAAAGAAAUUGUUAUAUUUCCCCCUUCUAGUGUGCACGUUUCAUUGUUCUUUCUUAGCUUGAUUCAAGAAUCUGCUUCUUGCAGUACUAUUGACGAAGUCCAUUAUGGGCUCAAGUGGGUACAUGAUUUGGCAGGUCUACCCGACCCCUGUAAUUCCUCGUUAGUUUUACCUUUAAUAGAAUCUGCUAAGAAGCUUCUCAGUAUCCUUGUUAAAAAGAAAGAGCCUGUGACCCCCGAGGCUAUUCAGCUUUUAUUUUCUAAGUAUGGAUCGUCUUCAGCUAGUUUGUCUGAUUUACGAGUGCUUACUUUGUGCGUUUUAGGUUAUGCAGGGUUUUUUCGCUUUAACGAGUUGGUUCAGUUACGCAGGUGUGAUUUUCAGUUUGAAGAUUCUUUUAUGAGAAUCUUUGUUCAUCGAAGUAAGACUGACGUUUACAGGGAUGGGGCUUGGGUUGUUAUCGCUAAAACUUUCAAGCAUACAUGUCCUUAUUUAUUAGUUCAACGAUAUUUUGUGGCCGCUUCUUUUUCAGCAGACAGCGAAGAGUUCAUUUUUCGUCCUCUUGUUUUUCUUCGCAGUACCGGAGCUUAUAAAUUGCGCGGGUCUGUUCCUUUGUCUUAUACUAGAGAGCGGGAGAUAGUGCUUAGCGCUUUCGAUUCCAUCGGCCUUCCCAAGCAAGACUACGGUCUCCAUAGCCUUAGGGCCGGAGGUGCCUCCGCUGCUGCUAAUGCUCGAGUGCCUGACAGAUUGUUUAAAAGACACGGCCGUUGGAAAUCAGACAAGGCAAAAGACGGUUACAUUAAGGAUAGUGUUCAUUCAUUGUUGUCGGUUUCGUUAUCACUGGGUAUUUAA